AAACGCGCGGCGUGACCAUCUUUAUUCCAUGAGUUAUUCUUCCCUUAAGACGUGAGAUAAAUCGGAGCCAGGUGUUGAAGGUACCGAUUCUCGGGCAAGGGAGAGCGGCAGCGGGUGAAAGUGGGGCUAGCUACCCGCCCAACCUCUCACCACUAAACUCAGUGCAUGGAUUCAUCCAUUUGGAUGAGACCUGUCCUCAGCGAGUCAACAACUCGAGACAAUACGCUCACUAUCCUAUCUCCCUAAUUUCCGGCAUAGAACUUCCACUGGAAACAUGUCGUGGGAUUCUAAGUCGGCGUUACAUCGCCGACAGAGCAGCAACGCUGGCGCCCCCAAGACGCUACCUAUUCACACUCGCGAACAGCCGGAAGUAACAAUCCAGCCCAAAUCAAGCCAUGUAGCCGACGACUUUCUGCAGAGCUUCCUGGAUCCUUCUUUUGAUCCAGCAGCAUAUCUGAAUGCUACUCUGCCACCGCUUCAACAUGGCAGCUACCACUCUUCACGAAGCAAUGGCAACGGUCAGGCCGUACCGCUGGCCGACUUGUCCAAUGAGGCGCAAGCGCUGCUGUCCCAGCUCAACAUCCACACGACGAGGCUUUCCGGCACGUUGACCCAGUUGACGGACGACAUCCUCCGGAGCGGUAGCCGACUCGCCUACGAAGUCGAGCUUCUCCGAGGUGAGACCCUGAGUCUUGCUGAGACGAUGAAUGAGACGCUGCAGGAGGACAUCAAGAAGUUCGCGCCGAGUGGUGUGGAUCAGGAGGCUAAGGAAGCGGUACCCAAGGCCGUGGAUGGGCAAGAGAGGAGGGAAUCAGUAGGCGCCAGCAAGGCCGGCGACGACGAAGCUACGGCCACAGAGGGCAAGGCGGAAACCUCAGAACCACCCUACAUCAACCAGCUGCGGACGCUGACGGUGGUCCGCUCCCGCCUCGACACCGUCAUCAAGACCUUUGGCAACGCCAUGGAAUUUGUCUUCCCGCCGUCGGAGCUCUCGGUCAGCUCGUCCUUCCUGUCGGUCUCGGCGCCCGACCCGGGAGCGGAGCAGCACAGCACGGAGGAGAAGGGCCAGCAGGUGCUGCAGGGUCUGCGGGACGAGAUCUCGCAGCUGCUGACCAAGUCGGAGGAUUCCGUCAAGGGCAUCGAGAAGGCGGCGCAGCGGAUCGAGGAGCUCAAGGAGCUCAACAAGGUGUGGAAGGGCACGGCGGAGGAGAAGGGCAGGACAAAGUUUAUUGAGAGCCUGGCCAAGAUGGUGGAAGACCGGCAUCGGGACCUCAUGAGAGAGGUUGAUCAGGCGAGCAGGAGGGACGGGAACGAGGGGCGGGCGAGGAAGGGGAGUGUUCAUGCCGAUGCAGCGGAGGCCAAGACGUAUCUAGGGGGUUAUGGCUUGAUGAGCCAGCUUCAGAAGCUCAGAAACGGGUUGUAAAUAUCAUAGUUGAUGAGGUAGUCCAUCUCGCGGGGCUUUGCAUGCAGGCGGUGAAGCACUGGAUCCUGAGUUUUGGCAAUGAGAGCUCAUAAUCUAUAAGCUCAUUAAGGUGAAGAUGGUGGAACACAAGACAGUGGUGAGAGGUUCAGUCUUUUGUUGUGUCCUAUCUCGAUUUAUCUUACAUCUAUUGAAUGCAAAGCCUUCCCUAAGUAUGCCUUAUAACUUAAGAGUGUUCGUCUCAUAAAUCUUCCGGGUGGAGG